AAAAACACAUUCAAAAUUACCAAAAAAAUCAAAAAUUCAUGGAGAACUUCCACUACUCAAGAAGAUUACUCCGGGAAGCCACCAUGUCGCCACCACCGGCAGCCGGAAUCCGCCACGAUACAAUGGAUCAUCCACCACUUGGUCAUAGAGUCAACACAAUUGAUGCAAAUGUUAUUAUGGUCUUGGCUGUACUUGUAUGUGCCUUAAUUUGCUCACUUGUGUUGAAUUCCAUCAUAAAAUGUGCAUUUAAGUGUUCUAGCUUAAUAUUGGCCGAUCCAUCCUCAAAUCAUACAAGUAACAACAACUCUUCUUCAACAAAAUUAGUCAAUAGAGGGAUCAAGAAAAAAGCGCUCAAGACAUUUCCGGUUAUAACAUACACUACUACUGAACUGAAACAUCCAGGGCUCGACUCUGAAUGUGUCAUUUGCUUAUCAGAGUUUGGAGUUGGAGACAAAAUCAAGGUGCUACCUAAGUGCAACCAUGGAUUCCACGUUCGAUGUAUCGAUAAAUGGCUCAAUUCACACUCUUCUUGCCCUACUUGUAGGCACUCCCUCAUUGAGACUUGUGAAAAAAUUGUUAAUGGUGGCAAUUCUUCUAGUAAUAAUACUUCAUCAUCAUCAGAGGCAGCAGUACAAGAAGUCAUAGUAAGGAUUGAACCUCUCCAACGUGAAGGUGUGAUAUCUAAUUAAUUUACAAUCAAAAUUUGGUAGAAAAAAUAGUAAUAUAUUUAGAUUUUCCUUAGUAUAUGUAUCUUUAGUCGUUGUGAUCGGAAUCUAUUAUGGAUUCCUGACCACAUUUUUUAUAUGGCCCUCUUAUCUCUUCCUUCUCUGAGCUCUGGUUAUGAAAGAAGGAACCGAGAAGAAGAAUGUAUCACAUAUACUCAAUUAGAUUAGAAGCUUAGCGAGCUAGCAUGUAGUUUUCCAAUGAUUUAUUAGUCUUGCAAGUGUAUAUACAAAUUAAGGUUUAUUUCCCUUAAUUUCUUUAUAAUUAAGUGCAAAGUUAUUGUAUUUUCAUUUGAGAAAAGGGACAAAUAUAUUUCUUCGAUCUGUAUUAAAUAAGUUUAGUCUUAAAUUGAAGUCUC